AUGGCCCCGCCGGGGUGCCUCCCCCGCUGCCGCCAUCGGGGGAGCGUCCGCCGGCGGGGGCGCGCCCGACAUCCGCCGCCACCACCGCGGAGUCCGUCUCGGGGCCCGGGGUUUCCCUCAGCAGCCCGGCGCUGCGCCCGAGAGGACCGCCGCGGCUCGGACCGCCCCGCCGGAGCGGGGACGCGGCCCGGCCGCCGAGAACCUCGCGCACCCCACCGAGAGGCCACGGCCGACGACGGGGCGAGAAUCGCCACCGCCGCCGCCGCGCCAACCCCGGCGGCGGUCCGCGCGCGGCUCGCGCCCGGCAAAAGCGCGGCCCGGAACGCCCGGAGAGCCCGGCCCUCGCGAUUUCCCCGCCACGCAAGCCCUCCUUCCCCGCUGCGGGAAGGGCCGGAGGAGCCGCCUCCUCCGAGCCCCGAAGGGCUUCCCGCGGCCCUUUCCCUCGCCAUUCGCCAUCGCCCGCCGGCGCGGCGACGGCCGGACGGCCGGCCGUCGCCCGACGAGCAGAAGGAGCCAGGGAAGGGGCGGGAGAGCGCCUUCGGGAGGGGUGGAGCCGAACACCCCUCCCUCCCGCACACGGUCGGGCCUCACGCAGCGUACGAGAGAGCCGGGCCUCGGGAGAACUCGGGCCGCGCCCAAGCGCGGGCGCCCACGCGGGCGCGGAAACCGGCGACCGGCGUUCGACGGCGCCGGCCGCAGAGCGGCGAGGCUCGGGGCCGGCCGCCCCACCCGGCCAAGCCGGCGAGGACGGACCGACGACGGAUCGGCGCAGGGGGGGUGGAGAGCGAGGAAAGAGGGGUGCGCCGCGCGCCCGCAUCUCUCUCUCUGGGGCCGGCUGCGCGCGGCACGGCGCGGGCGGGGGGGCCUGCCGACGGCCGCCGCCGCGCGCCUUCACGGGAAAGGGCGUGUGGCCCCCCGGUGGUACCGGCCGAGGCCGGCGUCGGGGGGCCGAGCGAGCGAACGGAUAGAGGGCGCGUGUCAGACGCCGCACGCGGCCCCGGCCGGGCGGCCCGGGCUCCGCGGCAGGCGCCAGCCCCCACCGGCGCGCACCGGCGCGCCGACCGCCCGGCCCGGCGGGCGACCGCCCUGCCAACCCUGACCGCCCCCGCCUCUUUCGCCGGCUCCGACCCGCGGGAGCGGCAUCGCGGACGCGACGGGGGCGGCACGGCAGCGACGGCCGCCGCCGGCGGCGACCGGCCGCGACACAGCACGGCCCGGCGGCGCCUGGGGCGGGGAACGGCGCCGCGGCGCGGGGCGAGCCCCCCCCACCCGCCGCGCGGCGGGGAGGCGGGAGGCCGCCCUCGGCGACGGCCGACCCCGGCGGCCGGCCCUUCCCGCGACGCCGCGGGCAAGGAGCCGGGACCGCUGCGCAGCUUCGGCUUCGGACAACGCGGGCCGGCCUCGUCUCGCGUCCCCGUUUUCUCGCCCUUUUUUUUUCUCUCUCGGCUCUCGGGGAGGCCCGCGCCCCCCUUUCCCAACCACCUUCGGAGACUCGGCCUCGCGCUGGAAAGUCACAACGCGCGCGGCGCGCGGAACGGGGUUCGGCUGGGGCUGACCCGCCCCCGAGGCCGACCCCCCGCCCGCCGACCGGUCACGGGCGAGCGCGACCGGCCGCCGGCGAGGUUGGGCCGAAGGGAGCCCCCCGCUCGGGGAGCGAGCCCACUCCGACACGUCCCCCCACCGGGCCGCGCGGAAAGCACCGGACGUGCUAGAGGAGACAGCGACCCGACGAGGCGGGCGCGGCCCGGACACCGAGGCCCCUCGGCCGGGGCGGCUCGCUCUGCAGCAGGCGGCAGCGCGACGAAGGAGCACCUCACACAGCCCGGGACGGUAAAGACGCCCCCCCGGCAGCGGGAGGGGCGACACCUCGCCUGCGACGGGAAGCGAAUUGGAAAGGAGACCGCCCUGCCCGAGCACCCGACACUCCCAGCGGCCGCACGAAGGGCAACGAAGGCCCAGCGGCGGCCGCGGUCCUGGGACAACAGCAACGGCUGCCCGGCCGGCAAGGCGGGCAACCCGGCACCGCGUAGCUGUGCGAGCAACAAGAGCGGGACACGUCCCCGAGAGACCCCGACGCGCCCGAGGCCGCCGGCGCCGGCGGCCCGACAACGACACCCCUUGCACAGCCCGGUCACGGCAGAGGAGGAACGCGGGGGGUGCCGCCACCCACCCGCGGCCGCGGACGGAGGUUUCCUGAGCGAGACAACGGCGGGACGGGACCGGCUGGCCACCGCACACAACCUUCGCCUUCAGGGCCCCACGACCCCUCGGUUCUGUCGCACGCGCCUCUCGGUGCCGCGGCUUAGGGCCACGAGUAAAAAAAAAGUACGAGAAAGCAGGCCAGGCGGGCGGCCCCCACUCCGCCCGCACACGCGCCUAGAAGAGGCGGACCUGCUCGAAAGAACCCCAGCCCGCCGGCAACCACGGCAGCCGGGGCAGGCCAGACACCACAGGCCGCCCCCUGCAUCGUGGCUCUUUCGCGCCGGUCGCGACCGAAGGGCGAGGCGCCGCCGCCUCGCCCACGACAUUUCCCAGGGCUCUCUGUCGGGUUCGAGUCCGCAAAGGCUAGGGCGAGCCGGCCACCGCGGCCGGCCGCCAGCCCCGCGAGAGUGCGCCCGCUACGCGGGUCCCCGGCUUAGGGCCGAGGAAGGGGGACGACUUCAACGACACCCGGCGGCGGGGAGGGCGGGACGGGGUGCCGCCACCCCGUCCCCGACACAGCCUCAGCGGGCCACUCCCGUCACCGAGCCCCUCGAGCAACCGGAGAAGGGCCGAGGCAAGGCCGCACGCCCCACGGAACGUCCCCGCGGCACUCCCGGAACACGGAACACACGCUGGGCAAACAAGUCGGGAGGAGCGGGGAACGAGGCGCCGCCACCUCGGCCCACCGGGCCGUCCUCGGGGAUUCUCGGGGAAAGCGGGGGACACCAAGCAGAGGGGCCCGGCACCCACCCCGCGCACCCUCGGCUGUAG